GUUUAUGCUUUAAUUUAGGUUUACAUAAACAUAAAAAUUAAUAUGUCACAUGAAGAAGGGGGUAAAUUCAUUAAAAAUUCACAAUAUGCAGCUGUAAUUUGGUUGAUAUUAGCUGCAGUUAUCGCACUGGUGUUGUAUGUGUCAUAUUACUUUUCACAAAGUAAGAAGAAGAAAGAAAAGAAACCUCUCAACCAAGAAGUGAAAAAACCUGUUGUUGUAGCCGGUGGAAGAAGACCUCGUCGAAUGAGAGUGAGACGAGAUGUGGAAGAUGAUAAUAAUGAUAAUGGUGGAUUUGAUGAUAUUUUAGAUGUUGAUGGGCAAGAAGACUGGGAUGGCGAUAAAGCUCCAGGAAAAGUCGGAGCAAAAAAGUUAAAAAAAUUGGAAAUGAAAGCAGAAAAACGUGCAGAAAGACAGGCCGAACUAGAAGAACGGGAAGAAAGAAAGAAAAGAGAACUCGCUCUUGCGGCAGAAAGAAAGAAAGAUGAAGAGAGAUCCAAAAUUGAAGAAGCGGAAAGGGCAGAAGAAGCUCGUCUCAGAAAAGAAGAACAGGAGCGCAAAGAACACGAAGAAUAUUUAAAGAUGAUCGAAUCGUUUACUGUUGAAGAAUCUGGGGAAGUCGGUGUACUUACAGAAGAAGAGUCUCAGUCGCUACUGCAAGAAUUUAUUGAUUACGUCAUGCAAACAAAAGUAAUUUUAUUAGAAGAUCUGGCGGCACACUUUAAUUUGAAAACACAAGAAGCUAUUGAAAGAUUAGAAAACCUCCAAGAAAUGGGAAGACUAACAGGUGUCAUGGAUGAUCGAGGCAAAUUUAUAUACAUAUCCGAAGAAGAACUAAAUAACAUUGCAAAAUUUAUCAAACAACGAGGACGUGUCUCAAUAGCUGACCUUGCCGAGUCAAGCAAUUCCUUAAUAAAAUUACAAGAGGCGAAAACUAAAGAACCUAAAUCUGUAGAUGUUUCAGCUUAGAAUAUAAUUUGCUAAAUUACAUAGAA